AUGAACGAAAUCAACGAAUUUGUAUUCCAAAGGCCAACAGCACAAGAUGAUAAGGGUCUAGAAGAAGAAGCAAAAUCCUUAUUGAAAGGAAAGGCCGUCACACUGGAAACAGAAUAUUUCAAGGGGAAAAUUUUAGAUUCAAAUAUCGCCCCUGCGGUCCUGAUACACGGAGACGAGGGAGAGGGUGUCAUCCACUCACGCGUUGCAGAGGGCAGCAUUGAUAUACUUUCAACAGGCCCCAAAACAGGAAGCGGUCAAAGAAUCCUCGUUCUGAGUGAUGGACGUACUGGCCUCGUGUUUAGAAAUGUACUAUUGCGACGUUUCGUCUGCCGUGACGCCUGA